UUACAUAUCAGCAUAUGGUAACUUAUGGAAUUCUAGUAUAUCCUGAUAUCAUUUUUAAUCUAAUAUUAAAGCAUAAUGAUAUUUUAAUAACCAAUACUGCAAUAGUCAAUUGACUCGGAAUUAACUUUAUUGGAAUAAAACAUGUCUGGCCGAGUAAUGAGAAAAUUUCGUCAUGCUGGUAAGAAAGCUGUUAAGUUCAAGUUCUCAGCUACUAUUGAAAGACUUAUUGUAGAAGGAACGAGAUCAUGGCAACCAUACAAGUUAGCAGUAGCCUGGACCAGACGAAAACGAAGAAAAGAAACUUCGUCUCAGAGUUGGAAACCAGGAGUGGAAAAUCCAUACAAGGGAGCUGUGGAAUGGUCAAAACUCAAUCCUGAAGUACUUGAAAUUGAAGUAACAUUAUUUAAAGACGCUCGCAGAGGACAGUACGAACCGAAAGAUUGGGUUUUUAUACUUGAAAACGAAACUCAGAAUGGCAGACGUAAAGCAAUUGCAACUGCCCGUAUUGAUAUGACGGAUCAUGUCACAGAAGUAUCAGGCUCAAGGCCUCUUAACAUCAGAUUCAAACCGAUGACAAGCAAAUUGUCUUCUGCUAAUCUAUCGAUUCUGAUUAAUUGCGAGUUUUUGAAAGAAGGGGCAGCAACCGAUUCUGAUAUGAUGUCUGUGGCUGGCAGUACAACAAGUGAAGAUACAAUUAGACUCGGGGCUGUUGAUAUUGGUGAUAUGACAGAAUUUGAUGAUAUGGAUCUAGAUUCAGCAUCCAAAAGAUCAGGUUCAUUAAACAGUAGAGGAAGUUCAAUUAAAAAUCAACUUCAUGAUCUUACACAACAGAUUGAAAUGUUCAGUAAAAAUGCUAUAGGAGACGAUUCAAAUGAAGAAGUCAAAUUAAGUAACUCACUUCAUCCGAAUGUUAAUGUGAUAGCCAAUUCUCGAACAUCAAGCAGACAACCAAGUAUCAGUGGAAGUAUUGCUGAUAAAGUUUCUCUGGCAAGUUCAAAGUCAAAUGAAGCUGGAGAUGAGAAGAAGUCAGCUGUAUCAACGAAACAGAAUGAUUCAAAUACUGACAACAGUAAGAACCACAGUGCUGCAUCUGAUUCUGAAAAUUCUGAGCCAUCACCUGUACAGAAAAGAAGAUUGAGACCUUCCAUAGAUGUUGGCUUAGUUCCAUCUCAGCAAUUGAAUAACAUUGCCUCAGUUCAGUCCCCAGCAGUUACUUAUGGUUCUCCAGUAUCAGAGUUGAACAAACCAUUAUUACAAUGGUGUCAAAGUGUUACUGAAGGAUACAGAGGUGUGAAAGUGACAAACUUUACAACAUCAUGGAGAAAUGGACUUGCCUUUUGUGCUGUGCUACAUAAAUUAAAACCAGAGCUUAUUGUAUACACCGAUCUCAAACCUCUUGAUGGACGGGAAAAUCUGAAGCAGGCUUUUAAAGGUUUUCAAGAACUAGGUUUUAAUACGUUGGAAAUAUCAAAAGGAAUGAGAACAAAUUCUGGUGGAAUCGCAACAAAGGCAAUGAUCAGUCAAUUUUUAACUGAAGUCAAAAAUUAUUUUGACAAGAAUAAUCUUGGCGACACAAUCGAGUCAUUGAAGAAUGAAAUUGCAUCAGAAAGGAAAGAAGACAAGAAUGUCCGGCCGAGUUUUUCAGAUUUCAUGAGAGAAAAACUUCUCUCCGAUCUGGAAGAGAGAGAUGGUGAAGAUGAUGUCUUCUCUUGUGAACUAGACAAUGUUCUUGAAAAAGAAAGAGGACCUGAUGUAAUGCAUUUAUCUAUCUGUGAAGAUGCAGAUGGUUCCUUCCUUGGAAUGAGUCAAUUUACAGAACGAGAUUCAAGACUAUCUCCAAUUACCGAAAAUCCCGCAUCUGCACAAUCUUUUGCAAAUGUCAGUGAGACUGAAACAGUUGAAACAGAAAAAGAAGAAAUAUUUGAAAAUGAAUUUACAGCGGAAAUUGAAGAACAAACCCAUGAACAAUUGCACGAGGAAUCUGAAGUCGAUGGUCAAAUUGCUCAGAGAUAUAAUGUAGAACCUCUAAAAUCAUUUGAUGAUGAAAUCACUUUUGACUCCUCGGAUUUUGAUGGCAUGAUUAAUUCACUUGAAAAACAAAUUUCGGAGUUCAAAGACGAGUCUGAGCCAGUUGCAGAAACAUAUCAAGAUGAACAUUCUGCAAUUUUAAAAAGUGUUGAAGAUCUUAGAUCUGUUUCCAAUACAGAAAUAAAAUCUUCUCCAAAAGAAGAACACUUUACUGCCUCCAUUGUUUCCACUACUUCUAAAACUACAGAAUCCAUUACUUCACCUGUGGAUUCACCUUUUAAAUCGGUGCAAUCAAUUACAACCACUACCAGUAUUAUUGAAGUGUGCAGUUCGAAUGAAGCUUUGAAUAAAGAGGUUAUGGAUCCAAAACGAGCUAAGGCACUUGCUUUGAUUGAACAGUUCAAAGCUGAAUCGCUAGAUAAAAAGAACGAGGAUUGGAAAACAAUGAGUUUAAGUCGAGAUGUGGAUGGGAAGAGAAAAGCGCAAGUAAAAGAAAGAGCAAGGAAAUUGAUCGAACAAACAAGAGUUACUCUUGAUAUAGCUCCUUCUAGAUUCACACAAAGUGUAGAAAAUUUAGAUGAAGGCUCAUGCAAAAGUGAUUUUUCAUUUAAAGAAGUUCCCAUAUGUACAAAUGAUGAUGCAGCAUAUUUUUCGCCAAAGGAAUCAAGUGUCACUUCAAAUCAACAUAAUUUUAAUAUUGAAGCUACAGUGACUGACGAUACCACGUCAUCAGUUCAGAAUGUUACGGACUCUCAUAAAAGCCCUGAUACAUAUUCUCGCAAAGAGGAAACAGACAAUUUUUUCAGUUUUAAUGAAUCUCAAAACGGUAAAGAAAUAUCAUCUAAUAUUGUUCCGUUUUUAACAAAGGAGAUCGAAACCUCUCCUUCACAUACAAUAUUACAAAAUUCAGAUUCAGCUUCUGUUGAAAACAUAACGAAUAUAACUACCAUCAGUUAUACAAGAGAAAUUUCAACGACCUCUCAAUCAGUUAGCACAAUCAAUGAAUCCAAGAUUUCUGAACAUUUUCAUGAGGAGAUAAAAGUAGAAAGUGCAAUACCACAUGUCAGUUUAGUCCCUUUAUCUCCCGCAAAAGUUCCUAGUUUUUCAAAUUUUCCAAUCUUCACAAAUUCUUCAGACGAACAUGUAAAACACGAAAAGGAUAACAAUGUGAAACCUGAAGAACCACUUGUUUUUAAUCCAAAUGAAACAUUGCCAAAAUCAUCUGACUAUAAUGGCAAUGCUGUAAAAUCCACCAACAGUAUUAAUAAUGAAAUCCAUGACUCUAGAUAUUUAGUGUUCGAUUCAACGAAAAAUCUGGCCGCAGAGCAGAUUGAAGAAAACUGUAUAGAAAAAAUAGAACAAAAAGGUGAUUAUAGCGAGUUUUCAAAUAUUGAAAAUUCGCACGAUGCCAAAUCUAAUUCUACAGAAGAUUGUCAUGAAGAUAUUACAACAGAGGCCAUUAACUUUUCUGCUUCAAAUACAGUUGAAAUAUCGUUAAAUGAUGUUGUGAACAAUACUCCUGUUGUAGAAGUUAAAAAUGGUGAACUUGAAAGUCAGUCUUCAACGGAAAAUGUUAAUCCUGGUAAUAAAGAGUCUCCUGGUGUAAGAUCUGUUGUGGAAAACAGUUUUCCUGUUUUGGACGAAAAAUCUGAGAUUAUUACUACUCCGUCAACACCAGAAACUAAAGUUGAGGACAAGACGCAAUCUGUUUCUACACCUCCUCGUAACGACAUGAAAGACAUUGACAACAGGCAAGGACCGACAACAUCUACUCCAAUGCCUGAACAGCCUGCCGUAAAAUAUCGAAAUCCCAGGCACGAUCCUAAGUUAAACGGAACUUCGUCUGUGCAAUCAGCAUCUCCGAUUCGGAUCAACGUCGCUAAACCUGUUAAAAUGACACAGUUGGAGAGCUUUAGUCCUAUUAUAGCUUCAACGAAAGGUCAGCUUGAUAGCGAAUCAUCACCUCAUCGUUCGAGGCCUUCAUCAAUCAAAUUAAUGAGGAGAAAAUCAUCAGCUUCUUCUAUUAGAAAAAGUGUUGCGGCCACCAACAAUACAAGUGAAAUUGAUCGAGAGAGAAUGACUUUAGAAGAAGAAAUGAGAGUAGUGGGAGAGAGAAUGGCUGAAGUUCAGGAAGAAUUACAGGAACUGAAGACUGCGUCCCGUCGAAACAAGAACCAGGAAAAAGAAGAAAUAUUGAUGCAAGAAUGGUUUCAACUUAUACAGAAGAAGAAUGCGAUUGUUCGAGAACAAGACCAACUUGUUUUAUUGGAACAAGAGCAUGAUCUCGGAUCGCAAAUGAACGAAAUUAAUGAACAAUUACGACCGUAUAUGGCUAUCGAAGAAUCACAGAAAACCGAAGCACAAAAAGAAGCAGAAAAAGCAUUGUUGGAUCAAUUAGUCUGCCUUGUCAAUGAAAGAGAUCGAUUGGUCAGACAAAUUGAUGAGAACGAACAAAUGGCGGUAGACGAAGAUAUGCACGUACAGACAAAUCUAGAUCAAAAUAUGUCCAAAGUAUUCGAUCAAGAUCAAGAAAAAUGUUCUGUCAUGUAAUUGAAAAAAAGGUUUCGUUCACCAAAGAAUUGAAUCGGGGAGCAACUUGUAAUUGUGAUGUUUGUACGAUUUACGCACAAAAAAUGAUGUUACUCCAUAUCGAUUCUAUUCACUUUCUGGAUCCUGAGUUGUACUAGAACGUCGUCUAAUACAACCCAGGAUUCAGAAAGCGAAUGGAAUCGAUAAACACUUUAGGACUGUAGCAAAUCGUAAAAUUUUUUAUGUUAAAUCGUCUUUUUUUUUUCUUUGACUGCAUUUACAUCUGCAUACGUAAUGUUUUGUGAGUUACAAUUAGAGAACUAACUUUUUACUCUCGUCGCAUAUUUUUUAUUGUUUCAAGAUAUAACGACCGACCCAACAGUGUUAUGUAGUGUACACGUUGUCGAAUUGAGAUUUUAGCUGAUUUUCUCCUUUUGCUGCUUUAUAAAUGAAUUAAGUCCUCAAAUAUAAUACUCAAGGUGUCGGCGAUCUAUCUCAGUCCUCUUGCGGUAAUAUUUUGCCACUGAGCCAUUGAAAGUUGACGAAAAGUGAAAAAGCAGAAAAGGCUGUCGUUAGUUUUGGUUCCCCGAUGUAUGAAAAUUGUAUUAUUCGUUUUUAUAAACAAUUGUCGUGACAAGUAAGAGCUUAUGUGAUGCCGUGUUUGAUUAUAUACUCUGCUGACAAUGCUUAACCUUGCCAUACAUACCCCGAGGUUCAUGCUAUAUUAAUUUGUAUAUUUAAGUUUACUAAAAUUUGAUAAAGUAAUUUGAAUUUUCUUAGGAUUUCAGAAUAAUUGUCUGCUGAAUCCAAAUUACGUCCGUUGUUGCAUUUUAAUAAAUAUCAACACAUGACUGAUUACUGAGAUGAUUUAUUCAAUCAGAAUGUAUACAUUAUAUAAUUUCAUUAUUUUCUGAUAUUGCUCGAGAAACGGCAGUUUUAUUGACAAAUUGUAUAUUAUAACUUGAUCAUUAAUUUCGUGAUAUAGUGUCAGUUGUUUCGAAUUUCUUCAAAUUUUCGUAAAUUUCAUUGAAAGACGAAAGUAAACGCGUUUAGUAUUGAACGAUCAUAUUUAACUUUUUAUGCAAAUUAUGUUUCGUUGUAUUAUAUGUGUCAGUACUGCCCAAAAUGACGUUCUAUGUUUGAAGCAUGCGCUAAUAGAAGCAGUCAGUCAACUUGAUCGUUUCGUAUUUUUAUUAUGAUAUUAUGUCAACUGUUUUGUGCGCGUUUCCGAUCAUUUAGGCCAGUUCUGACUGAGUCAAAAUAUUUUCGGAACGAUGUGUACUUGAUUUCAUAUGUCCUUCGCCAUGGGUGGGACUCGAACCCAGAAUCUGUAACCCCUGAUUCAACCAUUUCGUGUCAAUUUCGAAGCAGUUUUUUUGAACUGUAAUAACUGGUAGUAUGAUAAUAUUUCUCAUCUUCUAUAUUUGAAGGACUGUUUAUUUUACGAGUUUCGUUCCAAUAUUGCCUUUGCUUUAUGUGUAUUAUUAUUUCAUGCAGUUCUACCAUAAAAGUCGAAAAGUGUCACAUUAUUUCCUACUUCGAAUAAAUAGUGCAGUUUUAGCUUCCAAUCCAUGUGCCUCUGCCGUUCGUUCGGAAUCAUAAUAAAUGUAAUUAUUGUUACCUUUUUUCUUUAUUCUUUAUCUUUUUUUCUUGUGAUAUUAAAAGCAUCUUUAUGUUCUAACCAAGAUAUGUCAUGCAUCUACGUUGUUAUUAUUAUUAUUUCAUUCUCACAAUUGCGAUAAUUAUAAUGAAUAAAAUAAAUAAAUAUAAA